AUGACGGUCGGAAAUGUAGAGUAUAGCGAAGCACGAAAUUUUAACAUUGUUGAAAAGAAGCUUCCUAGCAUACGUGCUCACGAUAUCCUCAUCAAAGUCAAGGCCUGCGGUGUAUGCGGUACCGACCUGCACAUCCACGAGGGUGAAUUUGGAGCCCAGUUCCCCCUAGUACCUGGUCACGAAACCGUCGGCAUCGUCGCAGCAUUCGGCAGCGACGUCGUCGACUUUACAGUAGGUGAUCGCGUGGUAGCCGACAACUCGGAACUAUGCGGUCACUGUCACUAUUGCCGCCGAGGCAAAGAGCUUUUCUGCGAGAACUUCAUCGCUCAUGGCGUGAUGGUCGAUGGCGGAUUUGCCGAAUACGCCGCCUACCCUGCGCAUCGCGUAUUCAAGAUCAAGAACCUAUCAGACGCUGAUGCCACUUUAUUGGAGCCUGCAGCCUGUGCGGCACACGGGCUGGAUAAGAUAUCCCCACAAAUGGGAUCCAGUGUUCUUCUGUUUGGCGCCGGUCCGACAGGAUUAAUGCUAGCUCAGCUGCUUCGCCAAAAUGGUGGCUGCCGAACUGUUAUUGCUGCGCCGGGCGGGUUGAAGAUGGAGCUAGCCAAGUCCCUUGAUGCUGCAGAUGAGUUUGUCGAGCUGCCAAGGGACGAAGAUGCCGCGACUGCUAGGUUGGAGCAGCUACGAAGGGAACAUCCGUACGGCUUUGAUAUUGUUGUGGAAGCGACGGGUAGUGAAAGGGUUCUGGAGAACGCCCUACACUUUGUCACCAAAGGUGGAAAGUUGGUAAUUUAUGGGGUUUACAAUGAUGAGAGCCGCAUCUCGCUGUCACCGAACAAGAUCUUCAAGGAGGAGAUCCAUGUCCUGGGUUCUUUCAGUCAGACGUACAAAUUUCCAGCUGCCAUUGAUUAUCUUGAUCGUGGAAGAAUCAAUGUGUCUGGGAUUGUCAACAAGACAUACAAAUUGGAUGAGUGGGAGAUGUGCCUUGAUGCGAUGAGACGAAAGUCGGUUGUCAAGGCUGCUAUUGUCUUUGACUAG